AUGCCCUGGCUGCUGGGCAGUGCCAGGUCAGCCGUGCCCAUGGCUGGAAGGGUGCCAAGGCCCAGGAACGCCAGGAUCACCUCCCUCAACCUGCAGAGCACUUUGCAGUGGGAGGCACCGAGGUUCCCCCGGGGCAACAUCACCUACACUGUCCGCUACAGGAGCGUCGUCCUCCCGGGAGACACGUUCGAGCUGCUGCGGAGCGGGCUGAGGGCCACACACUGCGACGUGUCCUGGCUCUGGGAGUACGGCAACUACACCCUGCAGCUGCGGGCCCAGGCGGGGCAGGGCCACUCGCCAUGGGUCACCCUCAGCUUCAGCCCCAUGCACGACACAGUGAUUGGGCCCCCUGAAGUGAAGGUGGAGUCGGAGUCUGGGGCCCUGCACGUGGACUUCUCGGGCCCCUUUGCUGAGCACAAGCAGGACAGGUGGUCUCUGAGGCAGUACUACGGCUCGUGGGGCUACAGGAUCCUGUACUGGAAGAAAGGCAGCACUACAGACCCCACCUCUGCUUCCAGGGUCUCCCAGGUAGAUACCCAACACAACUCUGAAAUCCUGUCCCAGCUGGAGCCAUGGACAUGUUACUGUGUCCAAGUGCAGGCGGUGAUUCCCGACUGGAACAAGAUAGGGGAGCUGAGCAGGGAGCUGUGUGAGAAGACAACCCACAAUGGCGUCACUCCGGUGUGGGUGGUUGUGACAGUGCUCCUUGGCUCCAUGCUGGCCGUGGCCAUCACAGUCCCUGUCUGUUUCUUCUCCUUUUUUUACCUCAUCCGACUCACCAAACAUGUUUUCUGCCCUUCCUAUAUUUUCCCACAACACUUGAAAGAGUUCUUGAGCAAACCUCCCACUGCUCCACAGUCCUUCUCUCCACUUCCACAAGAAGAACAUCUUAUUUGUGACAAGCUGACUGUCAUUCCAGAAGAUUCCCAGAAUCCCAGGGAUGAGGCUGAGGAUGAGGCCAGCGAGACACCAGAGCACCCCCAGGGCUCUGAACAAGGAGAUUCCGACUCAGGAGUAGGAACAGCUUCAGGGGAGACCUAAAUGCUCCCUUGGAAAAGGAAAACAAAGGCACUGUUGGGUUUAUCUCCUUAUUGCUGCUUUCUUCAGACAGUAAAAAUCCAUAGACAAAGGUGUGGGCACAGACUUUUGACAGAAUCAUUUUUUUAAAAGUACAAGAAACUUGGCUGUAAAUGAGGAACUAAACAAUAUACAAUCAUUGCCACUGCUGGUUGUGGCUCCCUAAGGAGUUGUGGCAAUACCUGGCACUGAUUAUGACAUUAAAAAGCAAUUUUAAUAUAUAUAUAUAUCUAUAUUAAAAGUACUAGUUAACUCUGAUGAACUAUUUAUUGCAAAAACUAAGCAAAAUAUUUGUAAAAGAAAAGCAUAUUUUGUAAA